CUUCCCCGGGCAGCGAUGUCGGGGGGAGCAGCGGACGGCGGACCCCCGGCACCCCGUUUCCUGGCUCCCCCGCCGCCGCCCCCCAAGAACGGUUCCAGCUCGGACAGCUCCGUCGGGGAGAAGCUGGGAGCCGCCGAGCACGCGGCCUCUGGGACCGGCGGAGCGAGCGGCGGAGCGGGGAGCGGAGGCCGUAGCGAGGAGUACCGCCGCCGCCGCCACACCAUGGACAAGGACAGCCGAGGGGCGGCAGCCACCGAGCACCGCUUCUUCCGCCGGAGCGUGAUCUGCGACUCCAACGCCACGGCCUUGGAGCUGCCCAGCCUGCAGCCCGCCGCACCCUCGGCUCCCGUGUCGGGAGGCAGUGCCGCUCCCUUGGUCUCUCCUCCCGAGUGCGUCCGCACCACUUGCAUCGCCGUUGGAGCCUCGCAGGCCCCCUCGCUGCUGCAGCAGCCUCCGCCGCCAGUCCCGCUCCCACUGGAAGGGCGCUCUGGCCAGGAGCCCCCUGCCACCAAGGAUGCCGCCCCGCUACUGCCCAAAGAGGAGGAGGAUGAGGCCGCCGCUCUGCCCCCCACCAGCGCCGCUGGCAGCACGUCGGCUGCCAGCCGGGAGUUCGAGGAGCGGAGGGCGCAGCAGGAGGACAUAGAGGAGCUGGAGACCAAGGCGGUGGGCAUCUCCCCUGACGGCCGCUUCCUGAAGUUUGACAUCGAGAUCGGAAGAGGCUCUUUCAAAACUGUAUAUAAAGGACUGGAUACUGAUACCACUGUGGAAGUCGCCUGGUGCGAGCUGCAGGAUCGGAAACUAUCCAAGUCAGAGCGACAAAGAUUCAAAGAGGAAGCUGGGAUGCUGAAAGGGCUUCAGCAUCCCAAUAUUGUCAGGUUCUACGAUUCCUGGGAGUCCACAGUCAAAGGAAAAAAAUGUAUUGUCCUUGUGACAGAACUCAUGACAUCUGGAACAUUAAAAACGUACCUGAAAAGAUUUAAAGUGAUGAAAAUCAAAGUACUACGAAGCUGGUGUCGUCAGAUACUGAAAGGCUUACAAUUUCUACACACACGCACUCCUCCCAUUAUUCAUAGAGACUUAAAAUGUGACAACAUCUUCAUUACUGGCCCCACUGGUUCAGUCAAGAUUGGAGACCUUGGACUGGCAACCCUGAAGCGAGCUUCUUUUGCCAAAAGUGUGAUAGGUACCCCAGAGUUCAUGGCCCCCGAGAUGUAUGAGGAGAAAUAUGAUGAAUCCGUUGAUGUAUAUGCUUUUGGGAUGUGUAUGCUAGAGAUGGCAACGUCUGAGUAUCCUUAUUCUGAGUGCCAAAAUGCCGCGCAGAUCUACCGUCGAGUGACCAGUGGUGUCAAGCCCGCCAGCUUUGAUAAAGUAGCGAUCCCUGAAGUGAAGGAGAUUAUUGAGGGAUGCAUUCGGCAAAACAAAGGCGAAAGAUAUGCUAUUAAGGACCUUUUGAAUCAUGCUUUCUUCCAAGAAGAGACUGGAGUACGGGUAGAACUAGCAGAGGAAGAUGAUGGAGAAAAAAUUGCCAUUAAACUCUGGCUGCGAAUUGAAGACAUCAAAAAACUUAAGGGCAAAUAUAAAGAUAAUGAGGCAAUAGAGUUUUCCUUUGACUUGGAGAGAGAUGUCCCAGAGGAUGUGGCACAGGAAAUGGUGGAAUCUGGCUAUGUCUGUGAAGGGGAUCACAAGACAAUGGCGAAAGCUAUCAAGGACAGGGUAUCUUUGAUUAAGCGAAAGCGAGAGCAGCGUCAGUUGGUGCGAGAAGAACAGGAGAAGAAGCUUCAGGAAGAAGGUAGUCAGAAGCAGCAGCUGGAGCAACAGCAACCCUCAAGUGCUUCCCAUGCAGGGUCAAAGCAUCCCGUAUCUGUCAGUGGUACUACUCCUGUCCCCACUACUUCAGCAUCUGUUUCUACUCAAGUGGAGCCUGAAGAACCAGAAGCUGAUCAACACCAACAACUGCAGUUCCAGCAACCCAGUAUAUCUAUUCUUUCUGAUGGAGCAGUUGAUAGUGGCCAAGGGUCAUCUGUUUAUACUGAAUCGUGUGUGAGCAGUCAGCAGACUGUGUCGUAUGGUUCCCAGCAUGACCAGCCAAUCUCAACUGCUGCAGUCCAGGGGUAUGCGGCUUCAGUUGGCCAAGUGCAGUCACAACAGCAUGGAGGAUAUCAGCCACCUACAGUGCCUCAGCAUCCGCGUGGGGGAACACCAACGUUCCCAGAUUCACAGAUAUUUUUCCCAACCGUUCAUGAACGGCCGGUGUCUUUCUCACCACCACCUGUCUGCCCGCCGAAGGUGGCAGUUGCUCAGCGCCGCAAGAGCACUUCAUUUUUGGAAGCCCAAACUUGCCACUUCCAACCAUUGCUGAAGACUGGCCAGAGUUUAGUUCCACCUGGUGGUAGUCCCACCAAUUGGACACCAGAGGCAUUGGUUAUGCUGGGCACAACAUCUCAUAGAGUCGCUGGAGAGCCUCUGCAUGUGCAAGUUAACCCUGUGUUUGAGCCAGCUCCUGUACACAGUGACUAUAGAUCUGGACCAACACCUCCAGAGGAUGCUCACUACAGAAUGCAUCCAGAAGCUGUAUAUUUGGUGGGCAUGCACUAUCCGUCACAGACACAAGUACAAGGCCAGUCAGCCUCAAGUAGUACAUCGGUACCGUCUCAGCCUGCCCAACACACUCAGCAGAAUGCCCAGCAGCCAGCUUCUUCUCAACAACCCGGACAAUACCAGCUGCAGCAGCCAUCAGUUUCUACUGGUGCCACUCCCACACAAACUGUCUCUCAAGCUCAGACUUCACAGGUUAUGCCAAUGCCUCAGGCAGCAGCAGGGACACAGCUUCCUGUUUCCCAACCAGUGUCGAUCAUCCAAGGCGAACCUCAAUUACCUGUUGCAGCACCUUCUCUCCCUCAACCUUCAGUUGCCCCAUCAGUCCCUAUUGGUUCUCACUUUCUGCCCGUGGGACAACCCUUGCCAACUUCCAUUGUCCCCCAGUUCUCAGUCUCUCAGUUGCCCGUCGCAGCUCCUCAUGUGUCAGUGGCUCAGCCAGGUUUCCAGUCACUGCCAAUUUCAAUGGCAGGCGGCAUGAAUCAGCCAUUGCUCACGCUGGCAACAUCUGCUGCGGCAUCCGCUGUCCCUGUAGGAUCAACUGUUGUCCCUAGCCAGCUUCCCACGCUGAUGCAGCCUGUGGCUCAGUUGCCCAGCCAGGUUCUCCCGCAGCUCCUGCAGCCGGCUGUCCAGUCCAUGGGAUUGCCAGUCAGCAUUGGACAAGCUGCUGAUGCUUCACUUCCUGCUGGAGAUGCUCUUUACCAGGGCUUCCCAUCUCGGCUACCACCUCAGUACCCAGGGGACUCAAGUGUUGCACCUUCCUCUGCUGUGGCUUCUGUUAGCAUUCCUUCUGCCAUACUGUCCCCUCCCCUACCCACAGAUGUAAUGACUCAGCCAGGCUAUAUUGCUCCUGUUGUGCAGCCGUAUGUGGAGCAGAACGUUUUAGUUCCUAUGGGCAGCGUAGGAGGACAGGUUCAAGUGCCCCAGCCUACAGUGAGUUUAGCACAACAGGCCUCAUCAGCCUCCUCGCAGCAGGCAGUUGUGGAGCAGAAUGUCAUGCCAAUGUGGGGACCUUGUUGCCACUGGCUGUUCUGUUGGGAAGGUACUCAAGGGGCCUCACAGACUGCUCCUUCAGAGUCUCUGCCAUCAACGCAGCCUGCUCAGUCUACCCCUUUGGCUUCCUCUAUGGAUAGUGCACAUUCUGAUGUUGCUUCAGGAAUGAGUGAUGGCAAUGAGAAUGUUCCAGCUUCUAGUGGGAGGCAUGAAGGGAGGACUACCAAGCGUCAUAUGCGGAGGUCUGUCCGCAGUCGCUCUCGCCAUGAGAAGACUGCUAGGCCGAAACUGAGAAUUCUAAAUGUUUCAAAUAAAGGUGACCGGGUAGUGGAAUGCCAGCUAGAGACACACAAUCGGAAAAUGGUUACUUUCAAAUUUGAUUUGGAUGGUGACAACCCUGAGGAAAUAGCAUCAAUUAUGGUGCAGAAUGAGUUUAUUUUAGCAACUGAGAGAGACUCAUUCGUGGAACAGGUACGAGAGAUCAUUGAGAAAGCAGAUGAAAUGCUGAGUGAGGAUGUAAGUGUGGAGCCAGAAGGUGAUCAGGGUUUGGAGAGUAUGCAGACAAAAGACGAUGGCUUCGUUCCAGGGUCACAGAAAUUAGAGUUCAAACAGCCAGAUCCUACAUCUUCCAUGCCACAAAGAAUAGGGGUUCCUCCUAGCUCCUUUACCCAGGUUGUCCAUUCUGCGGGAAGACGGUUCAUUGUCAGCCCUGUCCCUGAAAGUCGGUUAAAAGAACAGGGCUUUUUCACCUCUCCUGUUCCCGGGGGAAAAGAAACUUCAGAUGUUGUUGCUGCAUCUCCACUACAUGGUCCUGGAAUGAAUCUCUCCCACUCUGCAUCAUCGCUGAGCUUACAACAAGCUUUCUCUGAGAUUGGGCAUGGUCAAAUGACAGAAGGACCUAGUACAGCUCCUCCAGUGUUUAAUCAAACAAUACCACCAUUUCCACCUGUGCUUUCUACCAUGGCAGGCAGUGGUGCACCUCCUGCAUCUGUAGCUGCUCCUUCAAUAUCUGUUCCUUCUAGCACAGGUGUUUCUCUUCCAAGUUCUGUUACUUUGCCUUCAGAAAAUGCAGCUGUUGGAGUUGCACUAAGUGCAAGUGUGCCAAGUUCUGUUUCUCCACCUCCGGCCUCACAGUCCGGACAGCAGCUGUCUGGUGGUGUGGCUUCCAGUGUGAGCGCCCCUGCUUCUUUCUCCUUAACUAUCACAUCCCAGCCUGCUCAGCCAGUAACUGGAGACAUUACCCCUAGCAUCAGCACACCAGCUUCUUUGGCACUAUCUGCUACCCAGGUUCCUGGUGUCACUGGUCUUGGUGUCGUUGCACCAGCUGUGACAUCUCAAUCUACUCCUCAAAUUGUAAGUAGUUUGACAGCACCGCAGACAUCUGUUGCCCUGUCUCAGGCUCAGAAUGUGUCUUUGCAGCUUCCUCAGCUUACCAGUAGUGGCUCUGUCUCCAGUCUGGCAGAAACAACAGUUGUAAGUGCUCCACAAUCACUACCUGAGAGUGGGCAGUCCGCAGAUAAAUCACAGCCCUCCAGUGCAGCUGGCUUAUCGCUACCAAUCUCUGCACCUUUAUCAUCCUCUGUAGCAACAAGUUUAUGUGGUUCGGUCACUCAGCCAGUGAUACAUCCCUUACUCAUCCCAUCAGCAGUUACAUCAACACCUGUCCUAUCCCAGAUUCCAGGUGCAACACCUGUGUUGCCCCAGGUUCCCCUACCUGGUGUCUUACCACAGCCAGUUACUAAUUUGCCUGCAGUACAGCAAACAUUGAUACACAGCCAGCCCCAGCCAGCUCCAUUACCCAAUCAACCUCAUAUUCACUGUCUGGAGGCUGACGCUGAUGCUCAGUCCAAAGCACCUGGUAUUGAUGAUAUAAAGACCCUGGAAGAAAAGCUACGGUCUCUCUUCAGUGAACAUGGUAACGUGGGAGCAGCACAUCCAUCAGUAUCUCUGGAGACGUCACUGAUCAUGGAAACUACUGUUAUUCCUGGGAUCCCAACCACUGUUCUUGCACCAACUAAACCCCUGACAUCCGUUAGCACUUGUAUACCUCCGAGCAGUUUGCCUCUUGGACCAGCUGGCUUGCCAGUGCUGACACCAGUCGCCACGCCUGGGCAAGUGAUCACCCCAGUAAGCUAUAUUUCAGCACCAAGCAGUGUUGCAACAGCGGUAGUGAAACCAGGGACCUCUCCCUCGAAGCCUCCUCUUAGCAGGGUACCGGUGCUACCAGUAGGUUCUGAACUUCCAGCUGGCACUCCGUCCAGUGAGCCGCUGCCACCUUUUCCAGGACCUUCACUAACUCAGUCCCAGCAGCCACUGGAAGAUCUGGAUGCUAAGCUGAGGAGAACCCUUAGUCCAGAGACCGUUCCAGUGACAUCAGCUCCUGCCUGUUCUGUGCCCUCAGUAGCAUCUACAGCAGUUACUGGUCUGGUUUCCACAGCAGCACAGCCUCUAAAAGAUGCUUCAGCAUCGUAUGGCGGAGAAAGCAGUGGUAUGGCUUCCACAACAACAGGAGCUGGCAUUCUUAAGAUGGGACGGUUUCAGGUAUCUGUGGCAGUGGAUGAUGUGCUGAAAGAGAGUGACAAACCUGAGACUAAGCCGCUGCAAUUUGAAACCACCUCCUCUGAUUCCUCCCCUCUUUCUGGGAGCAGUCCAGAGAGCACCCUGGUAAAGCAGGCUGGAGGGCGGAAAAGCGAGGCUGUGGCACAUGGCGUUCCUCAGCCAGUUCCUGUGCUGCAGUUGCCAGUAGACGAUGGUCAGCCUACUAAGGUUGGACGCUUCCAGGUAACAACAACAACAGAUCAAGUGGGGCGCUUCUCAGUGUCAAAGACUCAGGAUGAGGUCACCUGUGCAGAGAGAGAGCCAAUGACUCUCCCUCUCUCUGUGGACUUGGAACAAGUUGCUUCUUCAGCUGCAGCCCCUAGGAAAGAGUUGGAGUCGAGGCAGUCCCCACAUAUGAAUGGUCCGUCCUCUGAACCAGAGGCUGCUUUCUUGAGUGGAAUGGCUAAGGAUCUGGAUGAUGGCUCAGCGAGUCCAGACUCCCUCCAGGCCACAGCAUCAAAGAUCAGCCUCCCUGUUCAGAGUCUUAGCAACUCGUUCAAUUCUUCCUACAUGAGCAGUGACAACGAGUCAGAUAUUGAAGAUGAAGACUUGAAAUUGGAACUCCGUCGAUUACGGGAGAAGCACCUUAAAGAGAUCCAGGAGCUGCAGAGUCGCCAGAAGCAGGAGAUUGAAUCACUAUACACAAAACUAGGAAAGGUCCCACCUGCAGUCAUUAUUCCCCCUGCUGCACCCCUUUCAGGAAGGAGGAGACGACCCACUAAAGGAAAAAGCAGCAAAUCCAGUCGUAGCAGCUCCCAGGGAAAUAAGAGUCCACAGCUGUCAGGCAAUUUGUCAGCUCAGAGUGCACCAUCAGUCUUGCCCCCGCAACAGACUCUUCAUCCUCCUGGUAGUGUGCCAGAGACUGGACAGAAUCAUUUGUUACAGCCCCUCAAACCUUCACCUUCCAGCGAAAACCUCUACUCUGCCUUUACCAGUGAUGGUGCCCUUUCAGUACCAAGCCUUUCUGCGCCAGGCCAAGGGACCAGUAGCACUAACGCAGUCGGGGCUACAGUGAACAGCCAAGCACCCCAGUCUCAGCCUACUGCUAUUGCCUCCAGCCGAAAAGGGACUUUCACAGACGACCUGCACAAGCUGGUAGAUAACUGGGCCCGAGAUGCCAUGAACCUGUCUGGCAAGAAAGUUGGCAAAGGGCAUAGCAACUAUGAGGGCCCUGGAAUGGCAAGAAAAUUCUCAGCACCAGGUCAGCUCUGUAUCUCUAUGACAUCUUCCCUGGGUGCUACGCCCAUCUCUGCAGCAUCAGCUACCUCUUUAGGUCCCUUCACGAAGGCCAUGUGCCCUCCGCAGCAGUACGGUUACCCAGCAGCGUCUUUUGCCGCUCCGUGGAGCGGGACGAGCGGUCCGGCACAGCAACCACUUGGCCAGUUCCAGCCCGUAGGUGCCGCGUCUUUGCAAAGCUUCAACAUCAGCGGUUUGCAGAAAUCCAUCAGCAACCCUCCAGGCUCCAACCUGCGGACCACUUAGCCCCGCUCGGAGACCGUGCUGGCUAGACCUCGGGACGGGACGUGGGGAGGGAGACGGGGCCCUUUGUCAACUCCUAGUGCUGCAAUGAACUGGUUGCUUGCCAGACUGGGAAUGAAUUUCUCUUUUCCACCCAUUGCUGUUAACUUUCUGUAAAGGGGGCUUCCCCACAUGCUUUCAAGGGGGAGGAGGAUGAUCGGCGUCCUUACGAUGGGACAGUUGUUUUGACUUGAGGGGUCCCGCUCUCGUGUGAAGCGAGAGCCGUGAAGAUCAGUGACGGGGGCAGUUAACGCAGUCUUGCUGUAACAUUUCUCUGGUUUGAGGCCGAAUCCGCGUAUGUCAAGAUGGGAGAGUUGAAUCCUAGCAUGAGGCUUUAGCACACUUCUCUCCCUGAAGAUCCGAGACCAGCUGUCCAAAUCCCCCUCCUCUCCCUCUCCCCACUCGAUCGUAUUUGGCUCCAGAACGAUGGGGCACCCGAAUGGACUUGCAGUGCAGCCCGUGCUUGAUAGGUCAUUACUGCUUUAAGUAAGAUAUUAACAGCUUUGACUGCAGCAUUAGAGCAAUUUAAAUUGUUUAAAGAUUUUAAAAGUUCCCUGCGGACAUGUACUUACCAUCAGUUUUGAUGUGGAAACACUGUGAUAUAUAAAUGUUGUUGGACAACAGUAGUUUAAAAAUGAGUGGAAUAUAGAGGGUUAAAAAAGUUAAAAAGUAAAAAAUGGGAAAAAAAGCUAGCUAUAUCCUUAUACUUAUUGGAGACACUUUAACUUUUUCCUUUGUAUUUUCAUUGUAUUAGAUAAAUAAAUGUGAAUGUAAAAUUGUAUAAAUUAAUGUACUUGAAUACUUGUCUGUUCUCCCAGUAUGCUUGCUGGAUAUUUUAGUGCCUUGGACUUCUAUUGCUUCUGCAGUUAGCGUUGUCUUCCCAGCAGACCCCAGGUGGACAGAGGGCAAGUUCAGAGAAGGCCGCGUUGGUUGUACCUGUGGACGGGGGCCUGACCGGCGGCGUAGCGAUGGCGAUAGCGCGAUAGCGCCUAGAGGAGGUGCAGCGGGGCGCAAGCAGGCUCCGCGUGUUGGGAAACUUGGCCGAGGGGGUGACCCGAUGUUGGUGGUGCGAUGAGGGCCAGGUGGGGUGGGACGGAGGGUUGUGCGUGAAGCCAGAAUGAGACGAAGCGCCGUUGUGUAGGGGCAGGAGGUCUGGAUCAGGAAUGGAGAGGAUGGGGAGAAGGAGUGUCUAUGGGAAGGGUCCCACUUAAGAUGCAGUGUGACUCCACCUGUGAAGUGGUGAAGGUGUUUGGUCAGGAUGUGACUUGAGGGAGAGGUGCCGUUCCUCGUUGGCGUGGGCUUGUCUUGCUGGGAUUGCUUUUCUUUCUUUGUUUUGUUGUGUUUUAUGGGUUUGUUUUUUUUUUAUCCAUUGAAGCCAGGAAUAGUCGUCCUGGCACAAUGUCCAUUGCCGGCAAUGGAUGCACUUGAAACAGCCGGCAUCAAGAAAUUUCCUCAGUCUCAGUUGGAGGAUUUAUGCUCCAACUCUAACAGAUUUCCAGCUGGUACCAGGACUGUAGCCGUCACCUCUUAGUUAGCUGUACUGUACCUUUGCUGUGUUCAUUCUCCCUUUUCAUAUUUAAGAAUACUGGUUUCCUCUACAAAGUUAAAAUAAUACCAGCCAGUAUUUUACACAGUGCUGCAAAGAGCUGUGAAGGAUCACUGCUGCUUCCCAGCACUGGGGCAGCUUGCUGGUGUCUGGAAGUUGGUGCACCCAGGAGAUUGUUCCUUGCCCAAAUCAUUUUUCCUGAGAGUGUUGUUCCCCUGUGGAGCCUUAACAGGGAGUUUUUCUGUCUGUGAGUGUUCUCACUUGAAUUUUUAUUUUAUUUUAUUUUAUUUUUUGCAAAGAGAUGUGCGAGAUCCAUUUCUUUCCUGUUACUUUUUUUUUUUUUCCCCAGCAGUUUUGGCAGCAAGGGCCACCAUACCUGGGUGGAGAGAGAUGCCAGAGGGUGAAAGCCAGCAGCAGAGAGCCUGGGCUCUGAGAUCCUUAGGUUUGGAGGCUCGUUCUUUGUGACCUCAGUGCGGAGUGGAGCUGCUGAAGGGGAGAGGAGAGAGGCUCGUGGCGUGAGUGUGGUGGGAAGGGGCAGAAGCGGGGGGCCCUGCUGCUGAGGUUGGACAGGAAGGCUCUGCUCUGUGCCCUGAAUGGUGCAUUGGUUUCCCAAAUACACCCGGUGGAAGGGGAGAGGUGUGCCUGAGGAAAAGGAGCGGUUGUCGGCCCGAGGCAGUGGUGACACACAAGGGGAAUACUCACGGCAGGGGAACGAUGAAGCUGAACGCAGCACGUGGUUAUUUAAUUUUGAUCUAAUAAGUUUGAGGUUGUUUUCACUUAAUGUUAUGCAAGAACUGGUUUUAUUUACCAUUGAUUCCCCCUCCCCCCUUCCUGUGGAUGAAUAACUGAAGUCUAGAGGAAUAAACUAAUGCUACUGAACUGUUAAAUUAUUUUGUUUAAUAUUACACUUUGAGUAUCUUUUUCCACAUAAAAUCUGUUUCUGAAUUACAAGCGUUUUCUUUACAUUAUUUAACAAUGUACACUGUAAAAAAAAAUAAAAUAAAAUAAAAAAAAUAAAAAAGUUGAACCUU